CGUGUUUGUUUGCCUAGAGCUCCGGUGUAUUUUCCACCUCUUAUCUCUAGUCUGGACGCGGAGGAAAGUGAUAGUGAUAAGAAAUAAGUUGAUAAAUUCGCGAGACACCGGUUAAUCGAACAGACCCUCUUUCCGCCAUGACCGCGAUAACGCUCGUAUCGUCGAACAAAGUCUUCGGCGGCCUGCAGAAGGUGUACUCGCACCUGUCGAAGCAGUUGAAAUGUGAAAUGAAAUUCGCAAUCUUCCUGCCUCCGUCCGCGGAAGACCGCAAAUUGCCGGUUCUGUUCUGGCUGUCGGGACUGACCUGCAACGAAACGAACUUCAUACAAAAAGCCGGCGCGCAGGGGUACGCGGUCGAGCACAACCUGAUCAUCGUUUGCCCGGAUACGUCGCCACGGAAUGUGGAAGUGCCCGGACAGGACGAUUCGUGGGACUUUGGAUCCGGUGCCGGGUUCUACGUAGACGCUACGCAGGAACCGUGGUCCAAGCACUACCGCAUGUUCAGCUACGUGACGGACGAGCUGGUGGAGUUGAUCAACAACAAUUUCCCGACACUCAAGGACAAGCUCAGCAUCUCCGGCCACAGUAUGGGCGGUCACGGUGCGCUGAUUUGUGCGCUGAAGAAUCCCGGACUCUACAAAUCGGUGUCGGCAUUUGCUCCGAUCAGUAAUCCCACCAAGUGUCCGUGGGGCGAGAAAGCCUUCGGUGGUUAUCUGGGCGCGAGCGACAAGGAAGAAUGGAAGCGUUGGGACGCUUCCGAGCUAGUGGCCGGUUACAAUGGUCCUCCGCUGGAACUGUACCUCGAUCAAGGCUCGGAAGAUAGUUUCCUCAAGGACGGUCAACUGUUGCCCCAAAAUCUGGUCGAUGCUUGCCGGGCUGCCCAAGUUCCGUGCGUGUUGAAUAUGCGCGAAGGGUACGAUCACAGCUACUUCUAUGUGGCUUCAUUCAUUGGCGAGCACAUCGCCUACCAUGCGAGGCAUCUGCAGUAGCGCAGUAAAUACCUUCAGUGCCUUCUAGAUGAUCGCACAAACGCAUGCUGCAAUCAAUCGAAUUGAUGAAUAAAUAAAUGUUUUGCAUUUUA